UCAGCCCUAAGUCGCCGCGAGGGGACCAGACCCGCCCAGCUCCGCACCGCCCUGCACCCCAAGCCCCGCUGCACCUCCUGCCGCCCUGAGUCAGGUUCUGCCGUCCAGCAGCGAUUCCGGAGCAAGUCCUUGGUCCCGUACUCCGUGUCCAAGAUGGCUUCCGUGACUGAUGGUAAAACCGGAGUCAAAGAUGCCUCUGACCAGAAUUUUGACUACAUGUUCAAACUGCUCAUCAUUGGCAACAGCAGUGUGGGCAAGACCUCCUUCCUCUUCCGCUAUGCUGAUGACACCUUCACCCCGGCCUUUGUCAGUACUGUAGGCAUUGACUUCAAGGUGAAGACAGUCUACCGCCAUGAGAAGCGAGUGAAGCUGCAAAUUUGGGACACUGCUGGACAGGAGCGAUAUCGGACCAUCACAACAGCCUAUUACCGUGGGGCCAUGGGCUUCAUUCUGAUGUAUGACAUCACCAAUGAGGAGUCUUUCAACGCUGUCCAAGACUGGGCUACUCAGAUCAAGACCUACUCCUGGGAUAAUGCUCAAGUUAUUCUGGUGGGAAAUAAGUGUGACAUGGAGGAAGAGAGAGUUGUUCCCACUGAGAAGGGCAGGCUCCUUGCAGAACAGCUUGGGUUUGACUUCUUUGAAGCCAGUGCCAAGGAGAACAUCAGCGUGAGGCAGGCCUUCGAGUGCCUGGUGGAUGCCAUUUGUGACAAGAUGUCUGAUUCGCUGGACACAGACCCCUCGGUGCUGGGCACCUCCAAGCACACACGCCUCUCGGACACCCCACCACUGCUGCAGCAGAACUGCUCGUGCUAGGCAAGGCCCACCCUGCUAAGCUCCCCGUAUUGUGGCCCCACACCCACUCUGCUCCUCCCUGUUACACCCUGUCUGCUCCUAGCUCCCAGCAAGCUGAGUUGCUGCCGUUUUAUGCCUGCUCCUGGGCUUCUCUGCAGAUGGCCCCAAUUACAGACACUGCACUAGGUGAACAGUGCAGGUCACCACAUGGGUGCAGAUUCACUUUACAUGAGAUUUCAUUUUACAAAGGGAAUUCACCACGGGGAUUGGAAAGCGAGUCUCUUUUUUGCCUUUAAAAUGAGAUUUUCUCCAUUUACCAAAAUUUGACACACAUACAUACACACACACACACAUACACACACACACACUUUCAGAGGCUGGCCAACUUUGUAAAGUGAAGCCCACCUGCACAGCUAAUCUUAUUAAAGAAAAUCUCCCAAAACACAACACACUUGUUUCGUAUCAGGCUCCCUGUGGGGCAUCCUCUCACUGCAAGUCAAGCUUUGGCUCACAAAGCCCUGUGCCUGUUACCAUGAAUGCCCACAGGGCCUGGGCAGUUGCUGUGGUGACGGGCCAGAACUAAUCUCCAGAGAGCUCAGAUUUUCUAAUGAUGCUGCAGGAGCAAAGGCUGAGUCAGAAACAUACUUAAAAGAAAAAAGAUUAUCCCCUGCAAAAUGUCAAAGAUUCCUGCCACAUGAAAGAGCAAGUAAGGGAACUCAGGAAAGGACGAGAAAAAGAGAAACACGGGUGAGAUAAAGAAAUAGGUCAUGCGCUUCUGAUUUGACUGCUUUCCAGCUGCUUCUUAACUGUGGCAACUCCAUGAAAUUGGGCAUUGGUUGUUAGACUCCCAGAGUUAGAAAAUUUUAGAGUCAGUAGGAAGUCCAAGUUCGCCUAGUUCUAACCUUCCUACCUGGAACAAAUGGCAGUCAGACUUCACAACUGAAUUUCUGUCUUCUAAAGCUCACCUUCUAGGUAGGGGAGGGAGCUCAGUGUCCUCACCAUCUUCAGUCAGCUCUCAGAGUAGAAAGUUUCCUUGCUCCAAGCUCAAAUCUGCCUCCUGGAAAUUCUUCUUUCCACCCGAUUUGUACCGGGUCCACUCUUAAAGACACCUCACAGAGUCUACCCCCUCUAUCUUGUGACACUCUUAGAUAAUUUGAGAAUAAUAAUCCAUGAUCUCUAAAACCUGUUCUUUCUCAAGGUCAAAUAUCUCUAUAAUUUCAACUGCUUUUCUUCAUAGGGGUUUCUCCCAUCUUGUCCCUUUUCUCCAAUCCAUCUUUCCAUUUAUUCCUGCGCAGUACCCCCAGGAAAUGUGAUUCAAGGCAGAAUAAAUCUAAGGAGGCAUGAUCCUGAGAAAAUCAGGAAAACUGAAUUCAGAGGUCCCAAUCCCAACCCUGUUCUGGGAAUGAAACCUUAGUUUCUACCAAAGAGUUGAUGUGAAACCAAUUAUGGUGGAAACCCCUAAAUUAAACACUUAAAAAAAAAGAAAGAAAGAAAGAAAGAAAACAACUCUGAGACUAGAAUGGAGUAACUCAUGAUUCCAGC